UUAACUUCGUUUACUUCAUUUUCUUCCUUUUUUAAUUAUUUUUUUUUUUGACUAUUUAGAGCAGUACGUCAUCCAAAAUUAGUGUAAAACGCAAUGUUAGAUAAGUUUGGAUGAAAGACAAAGAGUCCACCAAAAUCUGACCACGUGCCAACGAUUUCCUAAUUCGUGUGUUUUUGUUGUGUUGUUGUUGUUGUUGUUGUUGUUGUUGUUGUUGUUUCAAUGUUCCUUUUAUUUUGUCUAAAAGUCCAGUUUUAUUUUACUCGACAAUUUGUCGUUACUUGGUCAACACCGUUCUUUUGAAAAGUACUGAAUCAACAAGCUUUGGGCCUCGAAAAAGUUCUCCACCCUAACUGGAGAGAUUUGUUAAGACGUCGAGGAAGAAGGGUCAGAGGAUAGACCUUAUUUUCUUUUCUCUCUCUGUUUUUUAACUCGUAGAAAAAAAAAAGAGUCUUCUGGAUUCCUAGAUUAUACGUGCGAUGAAUUCAAAAUCAGUGAAAAUUCUUUAUAAACAAAACACGAGUAAUGAUUGAAACUACCAUCAAUAGUUUAUAUUCCAAAUCAACAGGCUGUAAUAAGUCUUUGCUGAUAAUCUUGAUACGACCUGGACAAAUAUCCCGUUUGCCGAGCCGACGGAUGACCGAUAGGGUGAAAGUUCCGGAGGGAAGGUGACGAGUGUUGAAAAACUUUUUCAAGGGUGAGAAGGGUGAGAAAGGUCCUCGAGAGUGCAAGAUUCUUUAUCGAAAGAUACAUUGAGGAAAAGAGUACUGUGUACUUUGUACCGUGUACCGUGUACCGUGUAUCGUGCACCGUGCACCGUGCACCGUGCACCGUGUGUACCGUGUGUACCGUGUGUACCGUGUGUACCGUGGCACCGUGUUUACCGUGUAGGAAGAAAAUUCUUCCUUUCGUCAGGUUACACCGUUUUCAAGGGAAUAUCGUGAAAUGUACCGGAAACGAUGGACCGUAAAAGCACUGCGAAUGGAUUUACAAUAUAACACCGUGGGUAAUGGCACGAACGCGUCCCUCAGGAUGAUCUGCGUUUUCAUAUUUUCGAUGUUACUCUAUGACAGUGCAGCACAUGGUAUACGUCGUUUAAAAGCAGACAUUUUCCAAGAAUGGCCGUCACAAGGAAAAGGACCGUACUUCGAUACUUCGGUGCCAUCGAAUAUAACCGGCUUAGUUGGCAAAACUAUUCAACUGGUCUGCAAAGUGAAGAAUCUCGGAAACAGAACAGUUUCAUGGGUAAGGCAUCGAGAUAUUCAUUUGCUAACGGUGGGACGGUACACUUAUACCAGCGAUCAACGUUUCGAAGCAGUACAUACACCUCUUUCGGAAGAGUGGACAUUGAAAAUACGAUAUCCUCAGAAAAAGGAUUCCGGAGUAUAUGAAUGCCAAAUAUCAACGACACCACCUAUAGGACUUCCGGUUCAUCUCACGAUAGUUGAACCAGUGACUGAAAUUACAGGAGGUCCAGAUUUGUUCAUCAACAUAGACAGUACGAUAAAUCUCACGUGUCUCGUAAGGUACGCUCCAGAACCACCGUCCACGAUAAUCUGGAGUCAUAAUCGACAGGCGAUUAACUUCGAUUCGCCGAGAGGCGGCAUUAGCCUGAUCACGGAAAAAGGACCCGUCACGUCGAGCCGUUUGCUCAUUCAAAAGGCCAUCCAGGAAGACUCGGGACUUUACACGUGUUCGCCUAACAAUACUCACCCCAACAGCGUCCGAGUGCACAUAGUUAAUGAAGAACAUCCAGCAGCGAUGCAUCACGGAAGCGGUGACAGAAUGACGGCGACGUUUCUUCCGCUCGUUCUAUUCCUUCGGACGAUAUUCUAGCCUUUGCGAGUGCUAUUUUUACAACAUUCAACAAAGACAAAAAAUGAUUCGACUAACGAAUAUUGUUGAUCCAACAACAUUCCAAUUAUUUAUUAUUACGAUGUAUUUCAUUCGAAAUGUAGGCCGUUCACGAAACCAUUUAAUUCUCUACAAAAUUGAUAACCCAAUUAUUUCGUUAAACAUCAAGAUUUACAUAUACAGCGUGUCACAUAAGAAUAUUUAUUUCAAAUUAUUAACUUAAAUAAUAGAAAUAAUUAGAUUGCCGUGUAUAAUGGGUUACUGCUCGUUCAAAUAUUCAUUUGAUCAAAUUUAAAUCAUUGAUUCGAAGGAUUGGACGUUAUUUAAAAUGAAAUUAUUGAAUAAUUUGGAAAAUAAUUGCGUGUGAAAUUUCACGCGAGACACCCUGUACGUGUAUAUUCUUGUUUAUUGUCGCGAAUUAGACGUGAAUUAGACGCGAAUUAGACGUGAAUUUGACGCCAAUGCGUCAAAGGAAAAUUUAAUAGACAUUCAUUUUAGUAUUAACAAUAGAUAACAACUUUGUUGCGAUAAUUAAUAUUAAUAUGAAAGUUUGAAUAAAUUAGCCGAAUGGUUUAUCGAGAGCAUUCGCGAAGGAAAAAUAAAAAAAAAAAAAAAAAGAGUUUAACGAUAAGGGAGGAUAUUACCCCGAUUGUAAAUACGAAUUAUACAUUGUGUACAUAUCAAAUCGAUCGUGAAAUAAAUAAUUGACGCGUAGCUCAAAGCUACCGCGAAUACGAAUACAACCCGUACGGGUUGUUAAGAAAACCUUAUAAAGAAAUACAAUAUUUGCUAGGGUUGUAAAAGAAGAAUCACGUGCAUGCGGCGGUGACAGCAACAUAUGCAUAAGAGAGAUCGUUUUUCUCCGAAAUUUCUCUCUAAGAAAGCUGAAAGUUUAUUCAACAAAGUUACAACUUUCACUUGAACGUUUCACUUCAAAGGACGACGAUUUAGUAGUUUCUUUUUCAUUCUAUUUUCCAGUAUCACAAUUCAAAGUAUCAAAGAAAUAAAUAAAUUGCUCAAGAGAAUGGUCAAUAGAAAUAACUCAUUUGUAUUUUGAUUAUAAUCGUUACGUUGAACUCUUCAAUUUUGUUAGACAUUUUUUCGUUCAACCGAUGGGACCAUGGAGUGGACGGGGGUGUAAGAAAGAGAGAGAGAGAGAGAGAGAGAGAGAGAGAGAAAUAGAACAGCACGUACGUUCUUCCACGUAAACAUUGGUGGAAAAGGAAGAUUGUCGGUAGAUUGUUUGACGAAAAAAUCUUAGCAAAAAAUCCCAUUAUCGUUAUAGUAUUUCUUGCUAAGAAUUUUUUGCCGCAACAUUUGUUGUAUAUAAAUAUACAAUCACACAUACAUAUAUGUAUACGUACAGACACAGAAAUACAUGAAUAAAAAUCACAUUUUAAUAUUACAUAAAAUACCUGUAUAUAUACAUACACACGCGCAGCAGACAUUAACAGAAAUACAGACAAAUAGAGAAAUUUUCACAUA